UAUAUUUGUUUUAAAAUGAUUCAACUAUUGACAUAUUUUAAAUAGUACAUAAUUUGAAUAAACUAUAUGACUUGUGAUUCUUUAAAUUUUGAUAAUGCUUUUAUUAUAUCGUUUAAAUUUAACGAAUUCGUCGGGCUGGCCUAUGGUGGAAGCAAGAGAAGCAUGGAUUAGGGCACACUUUUAUUUAUUUAUUUUUUCUUAGUGAAAUUAUCAUAUAUAAUUUCUCAUUUAACUACAUCCAUUUAUAAUUGUGAUCUCUGUUUUAUUUUUAAACAUGAUUUUGUGGUUUAACUUCAUGCCCCCAUCAUUUUUGUUUACGUAGGUAAGCUCAUUACCCUUCUUUAGUAAAUCAAAUAUAAAUACCACAUUUUGUUAUGUUUUGAUUGGGGCCUCGAGAUAUUUUGGAACGGUUGUAACUGAUACAAACGAGCGGUCGAGAUUAAUAGCAAAAGAAAGAAUGAUCAAGUGGGUCCCGUUUAUUAUGGAGGUGGUUACAAAAUAUAUAGAAUAUAAAUGUAGUUUUUAUAUGUAAUUAGAUAUUUUUAAGUUGGACACAACUAUUAUCAAUAGAACAUGUUCCUGUUUUAAUAGUAUUGAUGUCUGUUUUAUUAGUUUUUAUGAUUCUAGUGAAAUAAUGAUACAUGAAAUAAUAUUUUUCCUAACAACUUUUAAAAGAAGUUUGUAAGAAAGGUAUAUGGUCAGUUACAAAAAAAAAAAAAAAAAAAGGGUAUAUGGUUACACGUCCCAUAUGAAAGAUCUCUUAACAUUGGACUCUGGAUGGGCUUAAAGAGUACAUUUACGACCCAAUAAUCGAAUAGGGCUUGAGUCAAUCUCACUUGACUCAUUCAUUGCCAUCUAGUUUAUGUUGUUUGUCAACAACUAAUUGAUUAAUUAACCAACAGUGAUUAACAUUUUUAAUUGAUGGAACACGCCACAUAUCAUUAAUCAGAUUUUUUACUUUUCACAUUGGAAUAUAACCGAUGGAGUUUUAUAGUAUUAAAGAUAAAUAAUUGCACACUCUAAAGGCUAUUUAAGCUAUGUAUGAUUUGAGAUAAACAAAAAAAACUAAAAGCGUAGUGGAGCUAGAGGAGAACCAAUUCAAUAAUGAAAGAAACUUCGAGGAACCUCACUUUUUGUUGUAACCAAUGAUUAUAUUUAUUUAAAAUCGAAUAUGCUAACAAUUAAUAUGCUGAAACCAGGCCGCAGAUCCUCAGACAGCACUCCGACUGACAGAUGUUCGCAGAGAAAAUUAAAGACUCUUUAAAACAGUAAAGAACUUUUGUGUGUUUUCUCAUUGGUUUAUCUGUCUUAUUAAAACCUUAAAUCAUUUGACUUUGCUUCUCUAAUUAAUUUAAAGAAACCAACGUUAAUUUAAUAUAGUAAUGUGAAAGCAAAAUGGAACACACGACUGAGCCAGCCGUACGGGAAAGGCAAAGUCAAAGACGUAAUAAGGGUUUAAAAGAAAGGGUAUUGUGGUAAUUGUAAAAGAAGGAAUGGUUAACGUUCCGUUUUCUUUUUGAACAGCGAAUCCAAAGGGACCACCAUCACCCACUAAUACGGAUACCAAACCUUCUCUUUUCUUUCUGGAAAGCAAACAAAACCACAAGAAGAAAGAAAGUAAUAUAUUCAAUUCAAAUAUAUAUAUCAAACCAAGAAAUAAAGUCAGAGAAAGAAACCAAAGACUUGUCCACACCACUCUCCUGUCUUGUUUCCUUGUUACUGGUACUUGCACGAAUCCAAAACUUUGAGAAUAAAAACUUGUGCUUUGUCUCCAAGCAAACUUUCGGUCAAAACCAUAUUCUAUAUUUGAAUAGAGUUUUUCACUUUCGGUCAAGAUCAUAUUUUUAUAUUUGAAUUAGAGUUUCUCUUGUUCUUCAAUUUUCAAUGACCAAAGCUUUCACUUAGGUGUUACUGGUGUUUAGGGUUUUUGAUAACUGUAGCUUCGUUCCCAAGCUUUUGAACAAUGGAGGAGGAGAAGAAGUCGUUAUCGCCGUGGUCGUGGUCCGUUGACCAAUGUCUGAAAGAGUACAACACAACACUAGACAAGGGCUUAACCACCGAAGAUGUCCAAACCCGCCGUGAGAAACACGGUUACAACGAGCUAGCCAAGGAGAAAGGCAAGCCCUUAUGGCAUCUCGUAUUAGAACAGUUCGACGACACCCUCGUCAAGAUUCUCCUCGGCGCAGCGUUCAUCUCUUUCGUUUUAGCCUUUCUAGGAGAAGAACACGGCUCAGGCUCAGGUGCAGGGUUCGAGGCCUUUGUUGAGCCCUUUGUGAUCGUUUUGAUUCUGAUCUUAAACGCUGUGGUUGGUGUCUGGCAAGAGAGCAAUGCAGAGAAAGCGCUCGAGGCUCUUAAAGAGAUGCAAUGCGAAUCCGCAAAGGUUAUCAGAGACGGAGUUGUGUUGCCGAACAUCCCAGCUAGAGAGCUCGUUCCUGGAGACGUAGUCGAGUUACACGUAGGAGAUAAAGUCCCUGCUGAUAUGCGAGUCUCCGGUUUGAAAACAUCGACGCUGAGAGUCGAGCAAAGCUCCUUAACCGGAGAGGCCAUGCCGGUUUUGAAAGGAGCUAACCUUGUAGUCGUUAAUGAUUGCGAGCUCCAAGCAAAAGAGAACAUGGUGUUCGCGGGAACGACCGUUGUCAAUGGAAGCUGCGUCAGCAUCGUCACCAGCAUCGGUAUGGAUACGGAGAUAGGCAAGAUACAGAGGCAGAUCCACGAGGCGUCGCUCGAAGAGAGCGACACUCCUCUGAAGAAGAAGCUAGACGAGUUCGGGAGCAGAUUGACUACUUCCAUCUGCGUCGUCUGCGUCCUCGUCUGGAUCAUCAACUACAAGAACUUUGUCUCGUGGGACGCCACGGACGGUUCGUUCAAGUUUUCUUUCGAGAAAUGCACUUACUACUUCAAAAUCGCGGUGGCUCUCGCCGUGGCAGCGAUCCCCGAGGGCUUACCCGCCGUGAUCACGACGUGUUUAGCCCUGGGGACGAGGAAAAUGGCGCAGAAGAACGCGAUUGUGAGGAAGCUGCCAAGCGUGGAAACGCUCGGCUGCACGACUGUGAUCUGUUCGGACAAGACAGGGACUUUGACUACUAACCAGAUGUCUGCAACCGAGUUUUUCACCUUAGGCGGUAAAACAACGGUUACUCGAGUCUUUUCGGUUGAUGGAACUACUUAUGAUCCUAAAGAUGGUGGGAUUGUUGACUGGGGAGGUUACGAGAUGGAUGCUAACUUGCAAGCUGUUGCUGAGAUAUGUUCGGUUUGUAAUGAUGCUGGAGUGUUCUAUGAAGGGAAGUUGUUUAGAGCAACAGGUUUGCCUACAGAAGCAGCUUUGAAAGUUCUUGUUGAGAAGAUGGGUGUUCCAGAGGAGAAGAACGGUGAGAGUAUCCAGGAAGCUACAAAUGAUUCAGACAAUGGUAGCUCAGUGAAACUAGCUUGCUGUGAUUGGUGGAACAAAAGAUCGAAAAGGCUUGCGACAUUGGAGUUUGAUCGUGUCCGUAAGUCAAUGAGUGUUAUCGUGCGUGAACCGAAUGGACAAAACCGGCUUCUCGUUAAGGGUGCAGCUGAGAGCAUACUUGAGAGAAGUUCAUACACACAGCUUGCUGAUGGAUCCCUUGUUGCUUUAGAUGAAUCUAGCAGAGACGUGAUACUCAAGAAACAUUCUGAAAUGACUUCAAAAGGGUUAAGAUGUUUAGGGUUAGCUUACAAAGACGAACUAGGAGAGUUUUCAGAUUACACUUCUGAAUCACAUCCUUCACACAAGAAGCUUUUAGACCCUUCGUCCUAUUCAAACAUCGAAACAAACUUAAUCUUUGUUGGAGUUGUUGGUCUCAGAGAUCCUCCACGUGAAGAAGUAGGAAGAGCUAUUGAAGACUGCAGAGAAGCUGGAAUCAGAGUGAUGGUGAUCACUGGAGAUAACAAAUCAACGGCUGAAGCUAUUUGCUGUGAGAUUAGAUUGUUCUCAGACAAUGAAGAUCUUUCUCAGAGUAGCUUCACUGGCAAAGAGUUCAUGUCUCUUCCUGCUUCACGGCGGUCUGAGAUACUUUCCAAACCUGGAGGGAAAGUGUUUUCAAGAGCUGAGCCAAGGCAUAAGCAAGAGAUCGUUAGGAUGCUUAAGGAUAUGGGAGAGAUCGUUGCCAUGACUGGUGAUGGUGUGAAUGAUGCUCCUGCUUUGAAACUAGCUGACAUUGGUAUCGCCAUGGGAAUCACUGGAACCGAGGUUGCCAAAGAAGCUUCAGAUAUGGUUCUUGCAGAUGAUAACUUCAGUACUAUUGUCUCAGCUGUAGCCGAGGGUCGGUCCAUAUACAACAACAUGAAAGCUUUUAUCAGGUAUAUGAUAUCAUCUAACGUUGGAGAAGUCAUCUCCAUCUUCUUAACCGCUGCAUUGGGAAUACCGGAAUGUAUGAUACCGGUUCAGCUUCUUUGGGUUAACCUGGUAACGGACGGUCCUCCAGCUACAGCCUUAGGCUUCAACCCAGCUGAUAUUGACAUCAUGAAGAAACCGCCGCGCAAAAGUGAUGACUGUCUCAUUGAUUCAUGGGUUCUUAUUCGAUAUCUCGUGAUUGGUUCUUACGUUGGAGUCGCAACCGUUGGCAUCUUUGUCUUGUGGUACACGCAAGCUUCUUUCCUCGGGGUUAGCCUAAUCACAGAUGGACAUACAUUGGUUAGCUUCACUCAGUUACAGAAUUGGUCUGAAUGUUCUUCGUGGGGAACCAACUUCACGGCGUCUCCUUACACAAUCGCUGGUGGGCUUAGGACAGUGGCGUUUGAAAACAACCCUUGUGAUUACUUCACUCUAGGGAAAGUGAAACCAAUGACUCUGUCUCUCUCUGUUCUUGUGGCAAUUGAGAUGUUUAAUUCGUUGAACGCUUUGUCUGAAGACAACAGUCUCUUGAAGAUGCCACCGUGGAGAAACCCUUGGCUUCUUGUGGCUAUGACCGUCUCCUUUGGCCUUCAUUGUGUUAUCCUCUAUGUUCCUUUCUUAGCUAAUGUGUUUGGGAUUGUGCCUUUGAGUUUCAGGGAAUGGUUUGUGGUUAUUCUUGUUUCUUUCCCUGUGAUACUAAUCGAUGAAGGUCUUAAGUUCAUUGGAAGAUGGAGAAGACAAAGAAUCAAGAACAAGAUCAAGAAGACGAUGUAAAAGUCUGAUUAAACACACAAGACAGUAGUAACGUUUAUAUUUAUUAUUCUUUUCUGAAGACUUUGUAUUUUGAUGUAAUCUCUAUUACAAUCUUUAGUUGAUUUAACAAGUAAUUUCUGACAAGUUUUGUCGUACCGACAACAAACUA